AUGAAUGGUGGAUUUUGCCUGAACCUCAAUAAGAAGUCGAAAAAUGGCCAAAAGGAUGCUAAGAAACGGAAGAGACAGAAUGUCUUCGGUGGAGAUGAAGGUGCAGGAGGUAAGGCUAAGAUCAGUAUAACACAUGUCGAAGAGUUUAAGGAAAAGAAACCCAAACAGUUGGUUAUUAAGGCUAAGAGGCUAGUAUCAACAUUAGCGGAGGCACUGGAUGUAAAAGAAGAGACUGAAGUUAAAUUUGGAUUAAUAAAUUCGACAGAUGAUGAUCAAGAACUGCCAAACGAUAAGUCGGUUACUAGAGAACGUCUGACAAAUUCAGAAAGCCGAUGGUUAAGUAAUAUUCCUGAGACCACAACUGAAGAAGAAUAUGAAGCAGUUCCAGUUGAAGAUUUUGGGAAAGCAAUGUUGAGAGGAAUGGGAUGGGAUAGCGAUGAGGAAGAUGAUUCCAAUGAACAGAAAAAGAUUAAACUGCCGCAUGAGGAAGCUAGGCCACUUUUCAUGGGAAUCGGUGCCAAAGCACAUUCUAAAGGUCGGGAACCCAGUCAUACCCCGGACGACUCUUUCCUGCCGAUCGUCAGGGUCAUAAGAGAUCAGGCGAGCGAGCGAACUCUUGAAUGA